GCGCCACAUCCGGCGGCUGCCCCGUGGUGCAUAAAGCCGACGCCGCUGGGGCCACCACCGCAGUUGGUUUCCAGCAGCAGCUCUGGCCUCUUCUCGGCUGCGGGAGCAGCUUCUCCAAUGCCCCAGAGCGGCCAUGAGCUCCCCGCACUGGUGGGACCAGCUGCGGGCUGGCAGCUCGGAGGUGGACUGGUGCGAGGACAACUACACCAUCGUGCCUGCCAUCGCCGAGUUCUACAACACGAUCAGCAACGUCUUGUUUUUCAUUUUACCGCCCAUCUGCAUGUGCUUGUUUCGUCAAUAUGCAACAUGCUUCAACAGUGGCAUCUACUUAAUAUGGACUCUGUUAGUUGUAGUGGGAAUUGGAUCCGUCUACUUCCAUGCAACCCUUAGUUUCCUGGGUCAGAUGCUUGAUGAACUUGCAAUCCUUUGGGUUCUGAUGUGUGCUCUGGCCAUGUGGUUCCCCAGAAGGUAUCUACCAAAGAUCUUUCGGAAUGACAGGGGCAGGUUCAAGGCGGUGGUCUGCGUCCUGUCUGCAGUUACAACGUGCCUGGCGUUUGUCAAGCCUGCCAUCAACAACAUCUCUCUGAUGACCCUGGGGGUUCCUUGCACGGCGCUGCUCGUUGCUGAGCUAAGGAGGUGUGACAACGUGCGUGUUUUUAAGCUGGGCCUCUUCUCGGGCCUCUGGUGGACCCUCGCCCUCUUCUGCUGGAUCAGUGACCGGGCCUUCUGUGAGCUGCUGUCGUCCUUCCACUUUCCCUACCUGCACUGCGUGUGUUGUCCAUUGAUGUCUUUUAGAGCUGACAGUUGAUCUUGUACCUUGAAUGGAAUAUAAAUGCCAGUUGUAUAUUUUUCCUGAAAGGCAGGUUUUGGGAUAUACGACAGUUAGCUAUGCUCACUGGAUUCUAAGACUUACUACUGAGCCUUCCCUUUUAAUCGAGCCUCACAUGAAUGGGCCCUAAGAAAUAAUGAACUGAAUUCUGCUUUUUGAUAUGCUUCUGCACUUAGAUGGACAAGUCAUAGCAAAUAGCUGUUAAAUAUAUGGUUCUACAGGUUUUGAUGUUUUCAGAUUUUAAAAAAGUGCAUAGCUUAUUUCAUUAAUUGAUGUGAAGUCAAGAAUCCUUUUCUUCCCCCCUGAUAAUUCAGGGAAAUGGAGAUUUGACAUUUAGGAGUUAGGUCACGGCGGUUCCUCAGCAUGGCUAUUAGAUAUUUGUUCUGGUUAGAAUUUGCCUAAGAGAGAUACCCAGCAGGAACUGGAUUUAGAAUAUUAAAAAACAUUAAUUUACCAAGUGAUCACUUAAGUUAAUUAUUCUUGUUUUAUAGUGUUUGAUGAUUUUUAGAAAAUAUUUUCUCCUCUUUAUUAUUAUAAUGUAAAACAAGCACUUCAGUGACUAUAUUGCAGGUGUUUGGGGAUGAGAUAUCUACACCUGUUUGGUAAUAGGCUACCUUUUGGGGGAACUCUGUGCCUGUCCUUCUGAAGAGUGCCUAUAAAACAUGAAUUGUGGAUCAAAGUUGUUCUGUUGGGGGACUAACCUUGAUGGUCAUCAAGCACAGGCUUUGUAAAAAUACCAUCACGUCUUCUAUUUAUUGGAUUUCUCAGGUGUGUAAAAACUUCUUACUAGUUCAUUAUGCUUACCUGAGCUGCUGCCAUACCGAAGGCUCCAAAACUGGGAUGUGAUCCUUCCCCGGCUCUUUAUCCCUCGGGGCUGACAUGGAACCAUCUCUGGGGGACAGGUGAGGGCUGAAGCUUGCCUGGCCAGAGCCCCCCUCAUAGCUCCUUUUCCCCAAAUGAACUUGGAACCUUUAAUAGCCAGCUCUUUGCCUGGGUCCUGCUGACCCAGCUGGUCAAAGAGGAGUCUCGGGCCAGGUUGGGAUUCUCAAUGGAUUUUAUAGACAUCGUUCUCCUACAGAUUUGUUUUUUUUUUUUUAAUGACCCCUACUCUAAGGGACUAAUUGUUUGAAUUGUGUCUUUCCCUAUAUGUUAAACCAGAUUUAAGGCGAUUUUGCAACCACAAUAUGUAAUCGGAGCAAAUAGAGUAUUUUCAGAUAUAUACCUUGUUCUGUACUUCAUAUAGGGUGUGCUGUAUAUAGCUGGUAGGCCCACGGGCUGUGGUAGCAUUUCAUCUCCAUUACUUUGGGAGUAAUUCAAGGCCUUUUGAAAUGGAGCUUUUGCACUUUAUGCUCUUUUUUUGAACUGUGAUAGCUAUGUUUGAUAUUAAACUAUAAGUGGUAUUUUCUGUGAA